UUUCUCAGGGCAUUGGUUUUGUGCUUGGUUAGAGUCUUUCAAAAGAAAAAUCAGCGACAUGCCGGAUCCGUUUACGCUAUGUCUUGCACCUUGCUGUUCUUGCUUCCAGAGUCAAGUUGUACGUAAUGACAUGAGCAAUGUGUUUUGCACCGAAGAGAAACUUGAUGAAUUAAAAAACGCCAUGGAAGCUCUUGUGGUCAAGAAGAAGGAAAUUGUGAGAGAGCUUGAUAUCCAUCAAAAUAAAGGGAAACAGCCCACCCAUCCACUUCAACUUCAGCUUUGGAUUAGGAAGGUUGGAGAAAAAAAUGAGAAGGUAACAAAAUUGUUGGAUGAAUAUAGCAAAAGUUGUUGUGUUUCAAGGUAUAGCAUUAGCAGAAGAGCAAUCAAGUUAUUAAAAAGAAAUAAAUCUGUUGCAAGAAGAACAAUCGCAAGUCGCAUUCAUAGAGCAAUCGCCUCCCUAAACCAGUCCCUGAAUCAUCUAAAAAUAGUGGGGGAAAAAAUCGUCUCCAACCUUAAUGUUACUUGCAAUUACCUGGAAGAAAAAACAAACGAUAUAAUUGGCAUAUGGGGCAUGGGGGGUGUGGGCAAGACCACACUCUUGAAAAAAAUCAACCAACGAUUGUUAGAUAAUGCAAACAUGGGAUUUGAUCAUGUGCUAUUUAUCAAAGCUUCACAAAAUACUCAGUUUGAAGAACUUCAGAAAGAGAUUGCUAAAAAGUUGCAUUUGUCCCCUGAUUCUGCUGGUCAACAAGACAUCUUCAAUGCCCUGAAAACUAAGAACAUUGUAUUGCUCUUGGAUAAUAUAUGGGAGCCAGUAGACCUUGUUGGUCUUGGAAUUAUCAAUCCUUUUAGGGACGAUGAUGAUUCCACCAAAUAUAAAGUGAUUUUCACUACUCGAUCAGAAGAUGUGUGUGCCCGGAUGAGAGCAAGCAAAAGAAUUAAAGUGGAAUGCUUGGAACCAGAUGAAGCAUGGACCCUUUUCAAGCACAAUGUUAAUCUAGCAGUUAUUGAGUCAGAUGAAAAGUUCAAGAAAAUAGCAAGGCAAGCGAUGAACAAGUGUGGUGGUUUGCCACUUGCUCUGCAAGUGGUCGGUGCGGCCAUGCCUAAAACAAAUACUGUCCAAGACUGGGAAGGUAUUUUGAGCUCGCUAAAUAAUUUGGGUACUAAAGUAGUUCAAGGUGUGCAGGACUCAUUACUUCCGAUUUUGAAACUCAGUUAUGAUACUCUACCUAGAAAUACUCGGGAGUGUUUCUUAUAUGCUUCCCUUUUGCCAUGGUCAUUAUCUAAAGAUGAUUUGUUAGAAUGUUGGAUGGGUUUAGGCCUGAUCAGUAAUUUUGACAAUUUACAACAAGCUUAUCAUGAGGCAAGGCAGAUCUUUAAGAAGCUAGAGGAAUCAUGUUUAUUGUGGUAUUCUCCUGAUGAUGAUGAUGUUGUUGUGAGGUUACAUGAUGUAAUUUAUGAGAUGGCAGUGUGGAUAGCAUCAGACUAUGGGGAAAACAUGAAUAAAUGGAUAGUGAAAAAAUAUGAUGGAUUGGCAGUUGAAAUACCAUCAAAAGAUGCAGAGAAUUGGAAAUCCGCGAACGUAUUGUUUAUAAGAGGGAGAGUGAAGCGUUUGCCAAUUUUGUCUCAUCAAUGUUCUGAUUUGUUGUAUUUAAUGGUGGAACCUAAUUAUCAUUUUGAAAAUAUUCGUAAAGGAUUUUUCAGACAGACGCCAAAUUUGACAUAUUUGAAUCUUGAAGCCACUUCUAUCAAAGAGCUUCCAAAGGACAUCAAAUGUUUGGUUAAUUUGCAAUACCUAAAUAUUUCAGGCACAGAGAUCUCAUCACUUCCAAAGGAGUUGGUAUAUUUGAAGAAAUUGCAAUAUCUGAUAUGCAACCAUUUGGAGAGGCUUGGCAAGGUGGAGGAUCUCAUGUCAAGAUUACAGAUGUUGAAGGUCAUUGACAUAUUUCCAUCAGGAUGGGGUAGACCUAGAACAGUUAAAGAAAUUGAAGAAACAUCGCCAAAGCCAUAG